GUGACGUAACCAAAAUCAAUAUGGCGUUGGUAGGGUCUGCUACGUGGAACCGGAACUGUCUUCAAUUUUUAAGGAAAAUGGCAAAAUCAAGGACUUUGUAGCCACGAUGUCGUAACUGGGGGAAAACUAAAUACUUCUUGAUCUUCCUUAGUGGACGAUGUGCGGCGGAACGGCAGGAUGGGCGGCGCCGGGGCUGGAACUCGGCGUCUAUGUUUGCGUCAUUUUCCUACUCGCUGUCGUUCAAGUGGACAAUGCGGCCGGUGUUCAGGUCAUGACUUCCAAAGAGAAACUCCAGGCCAAGAAACAAGUUUUAGAGAUGUUCGACCACGCCUACAGCUCCUACCUGACGUACGCCUACCCUGCAGACGAACUCAUGCCGCUCAGCUGCAAGGGACGGGUUCGCGGAGUCGACCCAAGCCGAGGGGACGUGGACGACAUUCUGGGAGGUUACUCUCUAACCCUCAUAGACACACUAGACACCCUCGCCGUGCUAGGACACUUAGAUAAGUUCGAAGACGCCGUUAAGAUGAUAAUCCUGCAAGUCAGCUUGAACAACGACGUCGUUGUGUCGGUGUUUGAGACCAAUAUUAGGGUUCUAGGGGGGCUUCUUGGGGGGCACGUUGUGGCCAGUCUUCUCAGGGACCAAGGUGAGCGUAUGCAGUGGUAUAGGGACGAACUGCUUACACUGGCGAAGGAGUGUGGCUAUCGACUCCUCCCAGCCUUCAACACCACCACGGGCAUGCCGUACCCUCGCGUCAACCUACGCCACGGGAUCGUCAAGGGACGCUCUCGUACCGGUACGGAGACCGACACCUGCACCGCCUGCGCCGGUACCAUGAUUCUGGAAUUUGCUGCGCUUUCUCGCCUGACGGGGGACCCUAUAUUCGAAGAGAAGGCCCGCAAGGCCAUGCAGUUCUUGUGGGAGCGCCGACAACGGUCCAGUGACCUGGUAGGAACCGUUAUCAACAUUCACACAGGAGACUGGGUCCGACGGGAGUCGGGGGUGGGGGCGGGGAUUGACUCCUACUACGAGUACCUGUUCAAGGCCUACAUGUUACUGGGGGACGCGGCAUUCCUGGAGAGAUUCAACACACACUACGCUGCUGUCAUGCGAUACAUUAGCCAAGGCCCAUUGCUGCUGGACGUGCACAUGCACAAGCCAAACGUCGUCUCACGCAACUUCAUGGACUCCCUGUUGGCGUUCUGGCCAGGUCUGCAAGUCCUGACGGGCGACAUCAAACCGGCCAUCGAGACACAUGAGAUGCUGUAUCAAGUCUUACAGAGGCACAGUUUCCUACCUGAAGCCUUCACCACAGACUUUAAAGUACACUGGCCACAACAUCCUCUCAGACCUGAACUCGUAGAAAGCACAUAUUUCCUGUACAAGGCAACAGGCGAUCCGUACUACCUCGGGGUGGGAAAGACCAUCAUGGAGAACAUCCAGCGCCAUGCUCGGGUUCCCUGUGGGUUUGCAGGCUUGAAAGAUGUAAGGACAGGGAGCCACGAGGACAGGAUGGAUUCGUACUUCCUCGCGGAAACGUUCAAAUACCUGUACCUGCUCUUCACAGAAGAGGAAGACCUGUGGUUGGAUCUGGACGAUUACGUGUUUACGACAGAGGCGCACUUGCUUCCUCUCCGGCUCGCAACCUCGUUUGUGAACGGUACGCAGAACGACUCUCCGACAGUUACCGUCACAACUUUCCCCACUGCAUCCGACCGCAAGUACCAACAGUCAUGUCCCAAUGUCAACUACCUCUUUCCCGGACACAAGACGUACGCGAAGACAAUACGACAUCCGCUGAAAGACUUUGUGGAGCAACGGUGCCCCAAACCGACCUCCGCAAGACCAAGGGAGAAAGUACAAGCGAGCAGGAAGCCGACUCUGCGCGCUCGUGACUUUAUCGCCGACAAUCCAGAACACAUCCAGGCCCUGCGGAAGAUGGGGAUACGGCUGGUGACGAUGCAGGACGGCCGCGUGCAGCUCCUCCACACUUCCACGCAGGCCUUCUCUCCGGAUGACGCAGAGGAAGGCAUGCGCUUCAUGCAGGAGAUGAUCGAGUUGUCGAAAACGCAGGGCGAGAGCGACCUGCAGCCGCGCGUCGUACAGCUCACCUCACCGCCAUUCCUGGGCAGCGUCGUGCUCACAGCGGGACCAGCGCAGUUCGGACCGGACCUGGUCGGCACCCCGGGAGUUUCGGGCACCGUCGUGAUCGGUGAAUCCAUCAAAGGGUGUACAGAUCUCGCCAACGCAGCUCAGGUUCGCGACAAGAUCGUCCUGAUGGAGCGUGGCAGCUGCAUGUUCAUCGAAAAGGCACGUCGGGCGCAGGACGCGGGUGCCGCGGCCGCCAUCGUGAUCGACAACACCCAGGGCACGAGCAGCGACACCUCACCGGUAUUCGCCAUGUCGGGGGACGGUGUGAAAGAUGUCUACAUCCCAAGUGUCUUCUUGUUCCAAAAGGAAGGCCACCUUCUGAUGGACGCCAUCAAGGAUCACGGCACGGUAGAAGUCCUACUCGUGGACAAGGCUCAACCCCCAGAGAAAAUCAUUCGCAAACACGCAGAGGAGGAAGAAGCGAGGCUCAAAGAGACAGACAUUAAUGUGGAGGUUAAGGUCAAAGAUGAACUUUAAUACGGGACUUGUAAACAGUUUCAUGUAAUGUCACAAUCAGUGCAAUGAGUGCUAAUCAGACAGUGCAAAAACACAGUAUAUUAUCCUUGUUGUGGUAAAUAUUUUUGUGGUGAGGACUGGUGCAAAAUUCUUCCAUUGAUACAAUUUCUACAGGUAUAAGUUGGAAAACAGUGUUGGGAACAUGUUUAACCAAAUUGUAGAUAUGAUAAUUACACUUGUGUUAUCUUUCCUGAGGCAUAUACAACUCCAGGAAGGAACUCUAAGAAGGAAAUAUGUAAGUUAAAACACUGGGGUUACCCACUGUUUCUUUAAAGGGGUAGUGAAAUAUAAUGACAGCUCUACCUUUGACGUAUUUGUAGCACAAGAAUUCUCGGUUGACAGGGAAAGGACUCCAUCCAAUUGUUCCACACUUUUGCCCACAUAACAUUGUCAUAAUGGCAUAGCUAAGGAAAAAGACAGUGUCUUUCAUUCAAGUUAGAUAAUAGUGCAGUGUACACGUACAUGUACAAUCAUACAUCGUACAUGGACUAGUAUCUCAGAAUUCAAUAGAUUGCUUUUCAGUAUUGUCAAUGAUGUAAACAAGCCAGGAUUUAUCGCAAAGUCUUACCAAGCUUAUCCUUUUUGUCUCUUGAGGGAAACACUGAAACAUGCAAAACACAGUGAAAUAUCCUAAACAUUUUACUGCCAUAGAAUGUCUCUAUUGCAUAAGAGAUUGUGUAAAGGUAUUCUAUACUCUAAAGAUUGUUAUUAGCACAUAUUCUACAGAGGUCAAAUUGUUCAAUUUGUUGGGAUGAUUGAAGUUCAGUGAGUUCAUGUAGAAAGUAAUGUUCACCCAUUUCUUUAAAAAAAAAGUCAACUUUAACUGUCAUUUGUGUAUUUACUUUUUCCGAUAUGAAAAAAAAAUCUCAGACAGUAUAAUUUCUAAACAGUCAAUGCUUCAGGAUAAGUAGAGAUGUGUUAUAAGAGGAGAAUUGAAAAUGUUUUGAGGAGAAAAUUUUUCUGUUUUACCACCGUUUUUUGAGGUAUAAUAUCCAUAGUUAAAGUGGUUUAUGUAUAAAUGCUGUUACUUGUGUAUACUGGGGCCUUUAGUCAGUAAUGGAACAAGGUCAUAUGAUUCCCUAAAUAUUGUUUUGUCUUAUAACAGUUAUAAGUAUAAUUGUAAAAUGCAAUAGUGGUUGGAUGACAAGUUGACGUACAGUGUUGACCGAACAGUACAUGCUGAAAAGAUCAGUAACACAGUACUUGUAUAUACUGUAUGAAUAAAAGGUACAAAAUUUCCA